AUUCGAGGAGACAUACCAAGCAGGGGCUGUGGCAACCAGCUCAUCUCCACGGAUGGAUAUAAAGUGAAAGAAGAGAGCCGAGUUUCCAGCAGGUACCAGCUGACUGGACGACUGGACGAAGGCGACGUUUCUAUGACGAUACUGAAACUCACAGAGGACGACGCUGGACGCUAUGGAUGCAGAGUGGAAAUACCCGGGUGGUUCAACGACGCCAAACAUCACUUCGAUCUGACCGUUAGAGUUCUACAAGCGACGUCCACAGAGUCAACAGCAGCAGCAGAGACGUCCACAGAGUCGACAGCAACCAGUCAGACUGCAGUUUCAGAGCAGCAUGUUAGUGACAAGAACCACCUUCAGUCCAACGAUGGCUCAGAGCGACAUGAGGUGACCUUUAAAAGCUCAUCGAGUUGUAAACGGAAGCUCUGCGGUUUGUUCUUGAACCGUUUCAAAAGUCCUCAGCGGCAGAUCAGCACUUCGGUCCAGUUCAGUUCGACUUCGUCCACCCUGCAGCUCCACAGUCGAGGCUCAGCGGUGGAGAAGAUCUACCAGAUCGCCAACUACGAGUACUGUCCCUUAAGCUCCGCCCACUGGAGAUGGGCUGACAACGAACUGCAAACAUGGACGUGA